CUGUGCUGGAGACAUUUUGGAUUUAAAGGGGCUGAGCUAGCCGUCAGUCCCAGCUCUCGGUUUCCCUGAGCUACAUAAAAGAUGUCGACCAUGGUGUAUCCACGGGAAGAGAAGCUUGAGAAGCUCUCUCAGGAAGAGAUCAUCUCCAACACGAAGCUGGUGAUCCAGGGUCUGGAGGCCCUGAAGAACGAGCACAACUCCAUCCUCCACAGCCUGCUGGAGACCAUCAAGUGCCUAAAGAAGGAUGAAGAGGCCAACCUGGUGCAUGAGAAGUCCAACCUGCUCCGCAAGUCAGUGGAGAUGAUUGAACUGGGCCUGGGAGAAGCACAGGUGAUGAUGGCCCUGUCCAACCACCUGAACGCCGUGGAGUCUGAGAAGCAGAAGCUGCGCGCUCAGGUGAGGAGGCUUUGCCAGGAGAACCAGUGGCUGCGGGACGAGCUGGCUAACACCCAGCAGAAGCUGCAGAAGAGUGAGCAGAAUGUGGCCCAGCUGGAGGAAGAGAAGAAGCACCUGGAGUUCAUGAACCAGCUCAAAAAGUAUGAUGAAGACGUCUCACCCACUCAGGAGGAAAAGGACAGAGAAACACCGAAGGACUCCCUGGAUGACCUCUUCCCCAAUGAUGAGGAGGAGCAUGGCCAAGGAAUGCAGCACCAACACAACAGUGCGGCCGUCGCUGCAGCCCAGCAGGGAGGCUAUGAGAUCCCAGCUCGUCUGAGAACUCUGCACAAUCUGGUGAUCCAGUAUGCCUCCCAGGGCAGGUACGAAGUAGCCGUGCCCCUCUGCAAGCAAGCUUUGGAGGAUCUGGAGAAAACCUCUGGACACGACCACCCUGACGUGGCCACCAUGCUCAACAUCCUGGCUUUGGUCUAUAGGGAUCAGAACAAAUACAAAGAGGCCGCUCAUCUCCUCAAUGAUGCUCUGUCCAUCCGGGAGAAAACCCUGGGCAAAGACCAUCCUGCUGUUGCUGCGACGCUCAACAACUUGGCCGUGCUGUACGGAAAGAGAGGGAAGUACAAGGAGGCCGAACCUCUGUGUAAGAGGGCUCUGGAGAUCAGAGAAAAGGUCCUGGGGAAGGACCAUCCAGAUGUGGCCAAACAGCUGAACAACCUGGCUCUGCUGUGCCAGAAUCAGGGCAAGUACGAGGAGGUGGAGUACUACUACUGCCGCGCCCUGGAGAUCUACGAGUGCAGGCUGGGCCCAGAUGAUCCUAAUGUGGCCAAAACCAAGAACAACCUGGCUUCCUGCUUUCUCAAACAGGGGAAAUACAAGGAGGCUGAGAUUCUGUACAAAGAGAUUCUGACUCGUGCUCACGAGAAAGAGUUUGGAUCUGUUGAUGCUGAAAACAAGCCCAUCUGGAUGCACGCAGAGGAGAGAGAGGAGAUGAGCAAGGGCAAGCACAGAGACAACACGCCAUACGGAGAGUACGGUGGCUGGUACAAGGCCUGCAAAGUCAACAGCCCUACAGUGAACACCACUCUGAGGAACCUGGGGGCUCUGUACCGCCGACAGGGCAAACUAGAGGCCGCUGAGACUCUGGAGGAGUGCGCCGUGAGGUCUCGCAAGCAGGGCAUCGACCCCAUUCACCAGACACGUGUGGUGGAGAUCCUGAAAGACGGAGACGGCGAAAGACGGAGGAGCCGGGACAGCCUGUCCAGCGUUAAGUAUGAGAGCGGCUCUGAGACCGGCGAGGAAGUGAGUAUGGGCGUGGAAUGGAACGGGGACGGCAGCGGAGCCCUCCAACGUGCCGGCUCUCUGGGGAAGCUCCGGGACGUUUUGCGUCGUAGCAGCGAGAUGCUGGUGAAGAAACUGCAGGGCAACGGACCGCCUGAGCCUCGCAACACCAACAUGAAGCGAGCUGCUUCCUUGAAUUAUCUCAACAGGACCAGUGAUGACCCGUUCCAGACUCGAGGUAGCGGUAACUUCAGGGAUAGCCGGGGCUUGAGCUCCAGCACCGUGGAUCUGUACUCUGGAAACUGAGACCUGAGACCUCCACUACUUGCUGCGUUCUCCCACCCAAAGAUGCUCCUGCUCCUUCGGCUCGUUUUCUGAGCCACAGCGAUCACCAACAACAUUUCCAGACAGCGUUAGCCUGCCACAUACACACAUUCUCUCCCUGUUAACAUUUACACCCAAAGAUCUUCCUCCAAAAUUCAGAUCCAAAGACAUUUUCAGUCGUCAAACCAUAUUCUUUAGAACACUGGGUUUGUUUUUUUUAAAUUCAGGCUGUUGCUCUCGGUCUUCCGGUAACAGAUCGCUGUGUCUUCUCCCUGAUCAAUAAUACUAAUAUUGGCGUCACCUUGGUGCCUCCAUAAUGUGGCCAAGUGAGCAAAUACCUCAUGUCUUUUUUUCUUCCCUCAUUUGUAAUCACUGUGACUCUGCACUUUCACUCACUAGUGGAAUCGGUUGCCAUGACGCCACCUGUGCUGGUAUUUUUUUUCUCCCCUCACGUUGUUUCAGUUUGAGAUAUUUGUCCUCCUCAAAUUCAUUUAGUCUUCCUGUGCCAUCCGUUGUUUUAUUAGUGCUGAUUAGAUUUCUGUUUUCUACAUGUAAAAAAAAAAAAAACAGCUUUGUAGAUUUUUUUUUUUUUGUCUCCUGAAAUAGAAAUAAGUCAGAUAAAUAAACAGAUAUGUUUGGUUUGAAGUGAUGUUAUGUAAAGUUGACAUGAUUACACUGUUAAAAACAAAAUCAUUUUUAUUUUCAUUUUAAUGGUAAUCGUACAUUUUGCCUGUUGAGAUUUGUUUAAGGAUGCGGGGCUGUUGGUUAAAGCUUUGGGAUACAGGGUGAAUGUUUCUCCUGCUGACAUGAUUUUUGGAAGUCAUGUGACUCGUUAACGUUUUUUGUCGGAAAAGGCAUUUGAAAUAGAAAUAGGCUGCUACUGUUCAUCUCUGUCGCUGAUCUUCUCCUCCGGUGCAGGGAAAAGAAAUUGCUUGAAACACACAACCAUGAAAAUGUUUGUUUUUUAAUUGUGUAUA